AUGCUCUGCUGGUCCCUUUCAUUCUACCCGCAGCCUCUCAAGAACUGGCAACGGCGCUCCACCUCAGGCUCUACCAUCUCCUUCCCAACCUCCAACGUGCUAGGCUUCGUCUGCUACGCAAUCUACACCUCGACCUUCUUCUUCUCACCCGUCAUACGACACCAGUAUGCCGUUCGUCACCCAGAGGCUCCAGUGCCUACCGUGCGAGCCAACGACGUCGCAUUCGCCUUCCACGCAGUGGUGCUGAGCGUAUUGACGUAUUCCCAAUUCUUCCCUAUGAUAUGGGGCUUUAAAGCAUCUGCGCACCAGAACGUCAGCGCCCCCGUGGCCGGCAUGGUGGUAGGAUCCGUUCUAUGCAUACUAGGCGUCUUACUACUAGCAUGGUCGAAGGGCGGUAACGAUGCUUCCGAUUGGGCCUGGAUAGAUGCUAUCUAUACCAUGUCAUAUGUCAAGCUACUUGCGACGGUAGUCAAGUACUGUCCGCAGGUAUACUUGAACUACCGACUAAAAUCAACAGUGGGAUGGAGCAUAUGGCAGAUCCUUCUUGAUUUGAUAGGCGGUUUCCUUUCCCUGAUACAGCUGGUCAUUGACUCGUCGCUUGAAAACGACUGGAGCGGUAUCACGGGCAACCCUGCGAAAUUCGGUCUAAGUAACGUGAGCAUCUUCUUUGACUUUAUCUUCAUUGUUCAGCACUACAUCCUUUACCGGCACAGUAAUGGGUCGAAGGAAGGUGAGGAGGUGGAGGAUGAGGAUGUCGAGAGUCAAGAUCCUGCGCGGCAACCGCUUCUCGGACGAAGAGACGGUGCUUAA